UCGGCUUGUCCAGCUCGGGAUCCGGACUUCGCUUCUGUUUGCUCUCCAACGCUCUACAUCUGAUACCACGAUACCAUUGGUUUAUACGGAAUUGCACGUCGCUCACGUAUAUUGAAUCUUCGAUUUUAUCGUAGCCGCCUGCAUGUCAACGUUGUGAAGACCUCUUUCUGCUACUGAGCGCUCUCCUCCUGACCCUUAGCUAAUCUAUCACUUGAUCUCUGCAUUGUUGAUGUCGAACACAUUUCUUGGCCCUACGCGGCUCUGUGGCGUGGCAUUUAGAUCAUCACUAUCAUAUAAACGAGCUUCGUUACAAAACAAUAGCUUUCGAAGCUUUGCCUCAGUGUCUAAUGCAGAUGCCAGCCUACCCCUGGCAGGCAUUAAGGUGCUGGACAUGACCAGGGUCCUCGCUGGACCGUAUUGUACACAAAUUCUUGGAGAUUUGGGUGCAGAGAUCAUCAAAAUUGAACAUCCUACGAGGGGAGACGAUACGAGAGCAUGGGGUCCCCCGUAUGCAUCAUAUAAAGCAAGCUCACAGAAACAAGGCAGUGGCGAAAGCGCCUAUUUCUUAGGGGUCAAUCGUAAUAAGAAAAGUUUGGGGCUCUCAUUCCAACAUCCGUCCGGAGUCGACAUUCUCCACAAAUUAGCCAAGGAAUGUGACGUUCUAGUUGAAAAUUACCUACCAAACUCAUUGAAGAAAUAUGCCAUGGAUUACGAAACACUUUCAAAGAUUAAUCCUCGUCUCAUUUAUGCAAGUAUAACCGGGUAUGGCCAGAAUGGGCCACUCAGCGCCAAGGCUGGGUACGAUGUAAUGGUUGAAGCAGAAAUGGGUCUUAUGCACAUUACUGGUGAACGAGACCGGCCACCGGUCAAGGUUGGAGUUGCCGUGACUGACCUGACCACGGGCCUAUACACUUCCAAUAGUGUGAUGGCAGCGCUUCUAGGACGGGCUAAGACCGGCAAGGGCCAACAUAUUGAUGUCGCACUCAGCGACUGCCAAGUAGCCACCCUAGCAAACAUUGCCAGCUCAGUGCUCAUCAGUGGAAAGAAAGAUUCCGGACGAUGGGGAACUGCCCAUCCCUCUAUUGUACCAUACAAGGCCUUUGGGACAUCAGAUGGCAACAUCCUCGUCGGUGGGGGAAACGAUCGGUUGUAUGGCAUUCUAUGCGAGAAGCUGGGAAAACCCGAAUGGAUCAAGGAUGAACGAUUUGUGAGUAACGCCGUCCGUGUCAAGCAUCGAGAACUUUUGGAGGAUAUGAUCGAGGCGGAGACAACGAAGCGCACGACACAAGAAUGGCUUGAUGCGUUCGAAGGUAGUGGUAUGCCAUACGCCAAGAUUAAUGAUGUCAAGGAGACGCUGGAACACGAGCAUGUGCAAGCGCGCAACAUGGUUGUCGAAGUCGAACACCCACAUUGCGGAACGUUGAAGAUGGUUAACACACCGGUGAAGUUCUCAGAUGCAAAGCCAGGAAUCAGGACUCCUCCUCCGGUGCUUGGGCAGCACACGAACGAGGUUCUUCGCAGCCUUGGGUACUCCGAAAGCGAUAUCGAAAGUUUGAUCACGGAAGGCGUGAUUGCAUAGUUCGAGGGUGAGAACCAUCUACGCUUCUCGAGGACACUGUAUAUAUGUGCCUGUAUAGAUAUUGGACCUACAUAUAGAGUCCACAUGGUAGGACACCAUCUGAGUAGCUGGCUUAGCUGUUAGGAGUUAGAGUAAGGCCAGAGUCUAGAUAUUACUCCAUAGUCCUGUACGUGGUGGUUGAACAACAAGCCUAGGUGGACCCUGACCCUGAUUUCUCUAGCG